AUUUUGAAUUCACCAUAGGGCUCAGCCAUUCCUAGAGGAAUUCUAGGCACCUUGGAAAAAAGCGAAAUCGCGCUAGGGAUUUCAGCCGAUCUGGCAGCUCUUCCGAUGCCACUGGCGCGCCUUUUAAUCCAAAGCGCCUUUUUCGUGUCUCAUGUUUGCUCGUUUAUUGCGGAGGCCUAUAUAUGCUUCAAGAUGCUGGAAAAGGAUCACUUCCAAGUAAUCUGGAAGGCUGAUGCCAAGUACAUCUUGUGCGAGAAGCUUGAUAUGAUUCCUGACCUGGAACCGGAGUUGAUGGAGGGCACCACUGUGGCCUACCGAUAUCCGGCGUCAAAGGAAUCGGCCCUGCAGUGGAUUCAGCUGUACCAAGAGGCCGCCAACAUCCCCCUGACGACGUACGACUCCAUGUCGAAUGGCCAAAGGGUGGUGUACUGGGCCAGGCUUCGUUGUCACCACGACGUCCCAGAAAAGCCGAGUCGUCCGAGGAAAAACCAAUCCGCCAAGGACACCGGGUGCCCCCUGCGCCUGAAAGUGACUGUCGCCAACAUUCCAAAACGGAAUAGGUCUACAGACCCAUGCGCGGCUUACGAGCUACGGGUGACAUGUAACAAGAAGCCCCACAACCACGCCGUGGACAACGCUGCCGCUCUGAGACAUCGACGCGUCUCUGAGCUGACGAAGGCCCGGCUGAUGGAGCUGUUCCAGCACCACCACUCGCCCUCCACGGCGCUGGAGACCCUGAAACUACAGCUUCAGGAGGAGCAUGGGAGCGCCUACCCGUCGGUGGCCGCAGACCGAGCCAUUGUCCCAGAUAGGAUGGCCGUCUACUACCUGUACUACAAGCACUGUCGGGAGCGUUACCCAGCCUCGACCCAGGAGGAGACCAUGGACCUCAUCCGCCACAUGAAGGACGUCCGCACGGCGGUCUCAGUCGAGGACGGCGAGACGGUGAUCGCGGCGGUGACGCCGCUGAUGGAGCGCGUCCACACGCUCCCCGACGCGGGAGAGGUGGUCUUUGUCGACGCCUCAGGAGGGAUGAACCGGCACGGCCAGCGCGUCUUCCUGCUGAUGUGCUGGAGCCCGGCCGGUGGUCUGCCUCUCGGUGUCAUCGUCUCCACCUCGGAGACCGAGGCCGUGGUGGACAAAGCCUUCCGGCUGCUCGUCGGGAUUUUACCAGACGGCGCCUUUGGCGGGCGUGGAAGGCGCGGCCCUCUGUGCUUCAUGACGGACGACUGUCAGGCCGAGCGGAACGCGCUGUCGGCGGUGUGGCCUGAGGCGCGGCUCCUGCUGUGCACGUUUCACGUGCUGCAGGCCGUCUGGCGAUGGCUUCACAACGGCAAACAUGGCAUCGACAAGCAACACAGGCAGGCUAUCAUGGCACUAGCCAAACAGCUCGUGUACGCCAACAAUGAGGCGGAGAUAGCGACGACGAUGGAGCUGGUGGCUACCGAGUGGGGCGAGCGCUACCCACUGCUGGACCAGUACCUGCAGGGUUUCGCUGCCCGCCGUCAAGAGUGGGCGCUGUGCCUCCGCACGGAUGUCCCCACCCGGGGACACAACACGAACAACAUCGUGGAGUCCGCCUUCAGAGUCCUCAAAGACUCUGUCCUCUACAGGACUCGUGCGUUCAACCUGCUGCAGCUGUUUGAUUUCGUCACGGUCCAGCUCAGCAAGCACUACGCCAGGAGGGCGUGCGACGUGGCCAACGGCCGGCAGCGGGCGGCACUGCGCCGGUCCGCGGCGGCACCAGCCAAGAAACGGGCACUGUGACGCAGGUGACGGAGUUCACCUAUCAGGUGAAGUCGCUGACGUCGGUCGGCAUCACCUACCUGGUGGACCUGAACGUCGGCGCCUGCACCUGCAGGAUGAACCGGCGGACUGGCGGCUGCAAACACCUCCGAGCCGUGCGGCAGCAGACUGGCGCUGUGCCGGAGGCGACGGCGACAAAGGAGACGCGGAGGGCCUUGAUGGACAUCGCCAUGGGGACCAGCCAGCAGCUGCCAGG